AUAACACACAGAACAAAAAACACAAGGAAGGGCCUGGCAGCUGUAUAAAACUCCCUCUGAGCUCCAGUCUCCACAGAAGUUCACCAGCCCCAGCAAUCAGCAUGACCAGCCAGUCUCAGGGCAUCCAGCAGCUUUUGCAGGCAGAAAAACGUGCCAAGGACAAACUGGAGGAAGCCAAAAAAAGAAAGGGUAAAAGGCUGAAGCAGGCCAAGGAAGAAGCCACAGCUGAGAUAGAUCACUACAGACUGCAGAGGGAGAAGGAAUUUAGAACCAAGGAAACAAGUGUAAUGGGCUCCCAAGGUAACCUCUCUGCCAAAAUAGAAGAGCAAACAACAGAAGCCAUCCGAAACCUCACAAGCAGCUACCACAGGAAUAUGGAGAGCAUGAUGAAAAAACUCUUGAGCACAAUAUGUGACAUCAGCCCUGAAAUUCAUCCAAACUUCAGACCUGCAGUUUAAAAUUGAUUGAUGUGCUAUGUUUGUAAAAAGUAGCCUAAUUUCUUGAUAAGCAUAAAUACAUCCUCAUCYAUUGUUUCUGUGUGUGAGAAAAAAAGAGCACUAAAGCCAAAAGCACACAAUUCCACACAAGCUUUUGAUGUGACAGGGAUUAUACAGGGUUUCACAAGCAUUUGUUGGAAUAUUGUUUCCUGUAGMUAAGCUCCUGUCAUUUAGACAGGGGCAAGUCAACAACAGCAGAAUAAAUGAUUAUUUGACUCCA